CACUCUUGACUUUUCUCCUUUUCUUCCCAUAAUAUCUUUUCUCCUUCUUCAGCAUAAUUCAUUCUUUCCCCUGCUGCAUACCCACGCUCACCAUCAUCACCAUAUUCAUUUCUUCUUCUAUUUUCUUCUUAUUUUCUCAACUUGCUGCAGCAUCAUCCUUACCAUUCUUCUUCUUCUUCCUCUACCCAUGGCAGCACCCAUCACCGUGUUUCCUCUUCAUUUCUCUUCUCCAAGCGUGGCAACACAAGCCACCACCACCAUCAUCGUGCUCCUCCUUGAACCACCACCGCUGGCCGCAAGCCACACCAUGCCAGACUUCAUGCUUUUCUCUCCUCUCCACGAUAUCACCAUCCCCAUGAAGCAACCAGCCAACACCUCCAUGUAUCCUCCCACGCGCGACAACAACAUCACCGCUGGUCACCGCCGCCCUUUUCUCCCAUGAGAACCCUUUUCUGUCCUCCCUCCAUGGCCGAGCAAGUCAUCCACAACACCAUGUGGCUUCCAUCGAAGCUCAUCACCAUCAACAAGACAAGAAAACGAGAGAAACAGAGAAGAACGACAUCGCCGACGUCGCCGACGCCGCAAUCUUCGCCCUUCGAUUUCGUUGUCCUCGGGCCUCCGUUCACAGCGACGUGCGACGUGCACAACAAAACCCAUGUUCCGAAUCGCCGUUCCGCCGCCGUCGACCGCCGCCCCUGCCGCCUUCGGAGCCGUUUUCCGAUCAACUCCGGCGACCGAUGGAAAAAAACGGAGUAUACCACGCCGAUCCUUGCCGCGAGAGGAACAAUAGCCCUCAAUCAAUUUCAGUUUUGGACAACUUUUGUCGGCGAGCACCGCCGAUCUACAAUUUGACUUCCUGGGCAAACUGUCAACUUUUUGGGGAAACGGACAACGCCAUUGAGUUCUUGGCCGCGAAAGGAUGAAGAAACACUAUCCCGUUGUGUCUCCGGCGACAGUUCCUUCGUCAAUCCCCGCGAACCACGACUUUCUCGGGCGACCCUUUGCCGACAAGUUUCUGAAACUUGAUUUUCGUUCAAUUGUGGAAACUUUGGGAUUGACUGAACAAGCUUGUGAGGGAGACCUACACCGCGAGACUGGAACAACUCGAGGUAAGGGCAACUCUCCUAGUUAUUAGCUAUAUGAUUUAGGCGUCGAUAACUUCGACCUGUUUAUUGCUUCUGAUUAUGACUGUUGGACUGGACUGGGAAAACGUUUUCUAGAGGCUUCGGCCGUGUGAACUGAUUGAGACGUGCGUCUCCGUUUUCUGGAGGCUUCGACCGUUUACUGGUUUCCGUCUUAUUGUUUUAUAGUGGAUAUACAUGUUCUAUUGCUCUAAAUUGCAAAAGUGCAUGAAUCUGUUUUAUGCCCAAACCUUAUGGGUAUAUCGACUUCGAAUACGGGUGUUAUGAGAGUUAGCAAGUAGAAUCUGUCGGACGGACUGUGCUACUGUUGACAUGAAGGAUCGAGGCUUUCGCCUAAAUAAGGACAUGGGGAUCUUUAAUCUGUUAGACUUUGAAAUAAAUGAAUGCAUAAGACUUGAUUUGAGAAUAAAUUCCAUAAUGAAUUAACUCAAAAUAGAACACUUUGAAUAAUAAAGAUAACCCAUUUUGAGGAAAACUUAGGAUAUGAAAUGAGUUCGAAAAUGGAAAGGGUCGAAGAUUCGAGGUUCGAGGAAAGAUAAUGAUUCGAGUUGUGAACAUCAUGAAGAGGAGCCGUUAUGAGUAGAACCGCCAUUAAGUGCAGGUGCUACUCCUUGUGUGAAGUGAUUGGUCAAAGGACCGACGUUUACCUUAGGGAAAAACGAUAGAGACAUGAACCAUAGCUAGACACGUAUCCGGGUGAGGACGAAUCGUGGUUUGCUAGUUCUUGCAUACCUGCAUGACUUGAUUAAGGGGCUUGUCCUUAAUCCUAUUAAUUAUGAUUAAGAGGUUUGUCCUUAAUCAUAUUAUUUAUCCAUCGAUUAGAGAGGAUGGACCUUAAUCGUAUUGUUUACCCCUGGAUUAAAGUGGCUGGACCUUAAUCCUAUUAAUUACUCUUGAUUAAGGGGUAUGACCUUAAUCAUAUUAUUCGUUAUUGGAUUAAAGAGGAUGGACCUUAAUCCUAUUAUUUGCUUAUGGAUUAAAGAGGAUGAAUCUUAAUCCUAUUAUUUGCUUAUGGAUUAAAGAGGAUGGACCUUAAUCCUAUUAUUUGCUUGUGGAUUAAAGUGGUUGGACCUUAAUCCUAUUCUUUGCUAUUUGAUUAAAGUGGUUGGACCUUAAUCAUAUUAUUUGUCCUUGGAUUAAAGUGGCUGGACCUUAAUCCUAUUAUGUGUUAGUUGAUUUAGAGGAUUGACCUUAGUCAUACUGUUUGUUAUUUUCUUAAGAGGUUAGACCUUAACUCCUAUUACUUGGAUCGAUUAAGGGGCUAGUCCUUGAUCCUGUUAUCUGUUUGCUGAUUAGAGAGUAUACACUACAUCGUGUUAGAUGAUUGACCCCUGGGUCGUGCGUUUACAUUAGUGGGGCGCGGUGUGGCCCUGGCAAGGGAAUGAAGAUACAUCUAGGCGUAGACGGCGAGUGAUGGAUUGAUGACUUGACGUUCAAAGGAUAGAGAUUGACUUAUGCUGUGUCUAAUUAUUAUUCACACACUACUUAACUAUGCUAAAUCAAGCUAGGACUUAUAUUACAUUACUCUAGGAAGUUGACCCUUUCUGCCUUGUUUGCUUUGUUUGUGUUUGGGCGGUCGGCAAACUGCCAGACCCUAACAGGUGUGUCUCUGAGGAGCUCUUGAUUGCUGCAAGAAGGUGAUUGGACUGAUUGAUGAUGAGACUUCCUUGGAGUGAGUGAACCAACCGAAGACUUGUGGAAGCAAUAGUUAGAUGUAAGGCUAGAGCCUUGGGUAGAGAAGCUUACCGUCAUUGGUUGAAGCUCGUAGGAAUGAUUGUAUUACUUACUUUGGUCUUGGGUAGGUUCCAAUGCAUUACUCUUCUGCAAAUCUCCAGUGAGGGGAUUGUAGGAAGUAUAUUGGUCUUAGGGUGUUAUCGCAUUUUGAACUUUGUUGUCGGUUAAGACAUUACUUCACUGUAUAUUUUAUAUGUCUUGAACAUCCGUCGUCACUCACGGGUGCUUGCCUUGUCAAGGCCGGAUGUAAGGGUUUGGGUAAGAGUGUGCACAUCACGUUUUGGAAAUGUUUUGGAAAGAAAGCAAACGAAAAAAAAAAAUAUACCCGCUUUUAUCAAGUCCUUUUUGGAAAAUCAUUUUAUUUCAUUUAAUAGGUUACUAAUUGUGACCCCCAAAAGUCGGGGUGUUACAACUUUUACACAUGAUUGACAGGAUAGGAUAGGAGACAGGAUAGUGUUAUCCUAUCCUGCUGGCGCAACAAACAUUAGAUAACAACAGGAUAUGAUUAUUAUCCUGUCAUAUCCUAUCCUGUCCUGGUCACCAAACGGGCCCUAUAUGUAUUGUUAAAGAGCCAAUUGUCUAAAUGCUUAUGCUGUUUGCUGAAGGCCCAACAAUGGUGUCAUCCCUAACCUUUGAAGUGUGAUUAAGGGAUACAAGGAUCAACUUUUAGAUGUCUUUGUUAAGAAGGCUUGAAAUUAUGUAUGCUAGUGAACCAACAAUCCAAAAAAAAUGUUAUAUUUACUGUUAAAGAACCAAUUAUCUAAAUGCUUAUGCUGUUUGCUGAAGGCCCAUGAAUGAGGUCAUCCCUAACCUUUGAAGUUUGGAUAAGGGAUACAAGGACCAACUUUUAGACAUCUUUGUCAAGAAGGGCUUGAAACUAUGUAUGCUUGUGCUCUCUUUUUACUAGUUUAGUUCGUUUGACUCUUUUUUACUAGUUAGUUGUUUUAAUAGGUAGAUUUCUUCCACUUCUUUUAGCCUAUUCUGUUUCUUAUUCUGUUAUGUAUGUUCCUUUGUUGCUUUAUCUCACUUGAGAGAGGUUGUUCUCAAGAACUCUUUUAUUCUUUAUCUCACUUGAGUCAAGUUUAUACACUUAAUUUCAGCACAUAAAACACAUUCUUCUAUGCUCAAACAUACAAGGCAGUCCAAUGAUUAUGACAUUUCACAUAAUCAUUCUAGUAACUCAGAAGCAGUUCAGUAUGGGUAAAAAAAUAUCCAGUGGUGCAAGAGAAUACAGGAAAUAUGUAUGAGAAUAAUUCCUUAGCUAAGACCACUUCUUAUUAUGAUCAGGCUUUCAUUCAUUAGAUCCUUUUUUGUAUUUUUGGCUUUCAUUCAUUAGAUCCAUUUUAUAUAUAUGCUAUAUAUACUAAUUUUUCUACCUUGAUAUAUAAUGUGCAGAUCUCAAAAGAACUCCAUCAAAGCCAGCAACUUGGGUGCCAAUAACUGAACAAAAGUAGCAAUGGAUAAGUCAUGGAUUUUGUUGCCACGAAAUUCACCUGCAUAUCAGGAAGGGGUUAAGGGAUUUUUAGACUUUGCCUUUGAGCGUAGUUCUGUUGAUGGUGCAAUAUUAUGCCCUUGUGGUCUAUGCAAUUUUAGAAAGUGGCUGACUAGAGAUGUAGUGUAUGAGCACUUAAUUAUUAAGCAAUUCCCGAGAAAUUACACCUUUUGGUUUGAUCAUGGCGAGACCCAUGAAGUGGAAAUUGAAAACAAUUGUACUGCCAAUGUGUCAAGUUUAGGACCAAACAUUGUGAAUGAUGAAGAUCCUAUCCGAAACAUGGUCAAUGAAGCUUUUGGGGUCGAUAUGCAUCGUGACAAUGAUUCAAAUGAAGGCGUCCGUUAAGGUGAAGGACCAAUGCCAAAUGUUGGGCCACAAGGAAAUCAAGCAAGAGAGUUUUAUGAGUUGGCAAAAGAUGGAGAACAACCAUUGUACGAAGGGUGCACACGGUAUUCUAAACUUUUUUUUAUAGUGAAGUUGUAUCAUAUCAAAUUCCUAUGUAAGAUGACCGAUAAGGCAAUGACAAUGAUAAUAGAACUACUACAUGAUGCAUUUGAACAUGCACAAAUUCCAAGUUCAUUUUACGAGGCAAAGAAAUAUAUAACCAAACUUGGUUUGGGCUAUGAAAAGAUACAUGCAUGUCCAAGAAAUUGCAUGUUGUACUGGGGUGCGGAUGAAAACAGAGAACAAUGCAAAACUUGUACCAUGUCUAGAUGGAGAGAACCGAGUGGAAAUGGUGAGAACUUGGUGUCAGAAGUUGACAAGUGCAAGAAGAAAGUGCCUCAAAAAGUUCUUCGUUACUUUCCUUUGAAGCCUCGAUUGCAAAGAUUGUUUUUGUCUUCAAAAACUGCUAAUGAUAUGAGAUGGCAUGCUGUGUCUGCUAAUAACAAUGGCAUGAUUAGGCAUCCCAGAGACUCUGAAGCUUGGCAGCAUUUUGACUCAAAAAACACUGAUUUUAGUAAAGAUCCUCGAAAUGUUCGUCUUGGUUUAGCUUCUGAUGGAUUUAAUCCUCAUAGUUUGUUGAGUGCGAGUAGUAGCAUCUGGCCCGUUAUUCUCAUACCCUACAACACUCCUCCGUGGGUGUGUAUGAAGCUGACAUCUUUUAUCCUUUCAUUGAUAAUUCCUGGUAAAAAACAACCAGGAAAUGAUAUAGAUGUUUACUUGCAGCCUCUAAUCAAGGAGUUGAAGGAAUUAUGGCAUGAUGGUGUAGAUGCUUAUGAUGCGUCGACGAAGGAGAUGUUCAAAUUACAUGCUGCUUUGAUGUGGACAAUCAGUGACUAAAUAACACUAAUUAUGACCUGAUAAAUAAAAUAAAAAUAAGAUAAUAAAAUGUAACAACCUUAAAUGAAAACUCAUCAAUUCUAAUCAAGGCAAAUAAAAAUCCUAACAAAAUCUAGAAAAUAAAUAAACUAAAUAAAAGUAGAGAAAAUUCACCAAAUCCAACCAAAAAAAUCCUAAAUUCUCCUAAAAACACCAAAAGCAUGAACUAAGCCUGAAAUGUCCUAAAAUGACGUAAAUGCCUUAAUCAAUCAAUGAAACUACACACAAAAUAACUAGAAAAAAUAACCAUAAAUCUCGGGUCAUCACUAAUAUUAGCGGCGAUGGUACGGGGUCAAAGAAUGGAGCGGGGGAGUUUGAAACCUCUGCAUCAAUCAUAAAAUACACAGAUUAAACUGUAGGAGUUUGGGAGAGGAGGCUCUAACAGUUAUCUCGAAGUAAUAUGAAUUUGUCAACUUGAAUCUUUCCUUUCUUUCAUUGGUUUACUUGGUGGAUUAAUUGCAUUUCCCAUAUCUCAAGGUUGUGGGGCAACUGUCCUAAAGAAAAGCAUGUAAACUACCAUUGUAUUUGACAUUAGAUACUUCAUGUACAGUUGGAUAAUCCAUCAUCCAAUUUAAUGAUUUCUCUUGAGAUCACCCUAGGGAUAGGGGAGGUUCUAUUUGUUAAUUAUAAAAGCUAGUCGUCCUUUAGAAAGAUAGCGCAAAGAAAGAACCGAGCAAACUGCUUUCACAUCCUCUUGAACCGCUUGUCAUAUCUAAACUAGCUACUGGCAAAGUCUAUGGCUAUCAGUCUCUUGCUUUUAUUUUACUUUAACAGACCUACCUCUUGUCAGGAGCGAAUGUUAUCCAUGACUCAUUCCCUUUAACGAAUUAAUCUCGCUCAACAUCGUUGGAAAGUUAGAACUGUAUUAAC